UGCUUUCGCCGCUCUUCUCCCUGCCACCCACCUCCUCGUCCUUCUAGGGCUGCGCAAGCCCGCACUGGAGCGGAGGGGUCGUGAUCCUGCCGGAGUUUCCAGCCUCUGCGGGCCGGUUAUCUGUGCCUGAGCUGAGAAUCUGAAUCAAGAUCUCUGCAGUCUCUAUCCUGUUGGCAAGCUUUAUCUGAAAUUGAAGAAGCUAUCAUGACAUUGCACAAAUCGGUUAUUAAGUGUGGGAAAUUUGCAGUCCUGGUGGAUUUCCGCAUUAUACCACAAGACUCCAAUAAGUGUCCAGCGUGGUUUUCUGAAUGUAAGAGAGAGGAAAUCUGCAUGCUGCUAAAAGAUGCCAUUGAUUCGCGAGUGAAACAAUACCUCAGAGCUCGUAAAAGGCAUGGCCAGUUGAAGGAGAUGGAAUAUACAGAAGCAAACCCUUUGUUUCUGAAAGCCAGUGACUUUCACAUUUCAGCCUACUUCGUCAGAAGAUGGGUGAAUCUGCGAUGCAUCGGGGGACAGCAGAACAGUGAGUUGUGUGUAUUUCCGGAUCGCUGUGUGAUUUGUGUCACAAGACUUGAGUCUAGUCCACCUCUUUGGGUCAGUGAAAGUGUGGCAACGAAAGAGAAUCGAACUGCUGGAGCAUCUGAAUAUUUUGGAGAAUCGGUUGAAGAUGGAAAGUACAUGCCUUCUCUAACCCAGCAGAAAAAGCGAGGCAUCCUGAAAGAGAUAGUGAAGAGGACAAAAACGGUGAAAACGAAGGAGAGCCAACCUCAGCCCAGCAAGGACACCAUGAAAGUAUAUCUUGGCUCCCUCGCCUCAGACAGGGAGUAGGAAGAAUGCAUGUCAAGCUCCUUCCGAUGCUCAGAAGCGAACCGUAGGCGUAGGGCACAACCAAAGGACUGCAUAAAUACAGCUGAGAGCAACUUGGGGCUUCCUGUUUCAGAGUGGGACAGUGAUGUGAACUGGAGACAGCCGAGCAGCACUAGCAGCCAGCAAAAACUUCAUUUGUGGCGUGGUUAGACAUGACUUCCAGCAGGAGCCCUCGGUGGUGCUGUGAGUCAGCACUGCUCGAUCCAAACCAAAGUCAAAGGGUGACCGAAAUAUCAUAAGUGCUGUUCUGCGUACACAGGAGCAGAAGGCACAAGGGUGUCUCCAAGCAGAAUCGCUCAGUUCCCAGAAACGCAGCCAUGCGGGUUGUUCGGAGGCAUCUUCUGGAGAAGUCCCACCAAAUCCCACAUUGUUUUCUAAUUGAGGCUUGGCAGGAUCCAUGUCUGAUGAAGAGUUGCUUACUUGAAGAAAAACCUUCCCCAGGGACUUGUUUUGAUGAGAAAUACUACAGCCGUCGUGCAGACAAACCCAAACCAACCACAGUCACCAAAGAAUAACCCUGACUGCUCCUCUCCCGCUGUACACCAAGCCGGCUGAGAGAGAGCGAGAGAGAGUCAUCCAAAACUGGGGAGGGGGUGGGUGUGUUAGGGGAAAAGUCAAUCCCAAAAGCAAACCACAGAGAACCGAUUCAAACUUUUAAGCAAUGAAAAGAAACUUGUGCCCUGUUAUGCUGCAUGUGCUUUUGGUAUCCUACCAGUUGAACACAUGAAAGGAACAUUGAAGCAUUUUUGGAAAAAGUCUCAUCCAGUGGCUUUGUGAAAGCAGAAAAAAAGUUCCUUUUUGGGCAGCUUGUGACCCUUCAAAUGUUUUGGCCUCAGCUCCCCUGAUCCUUUACCAUUGCUAGGCUGAUGGGAGUUGUAGGCCAAACCAACUAGAGGGCUAGAUGUCGCUCACUCCCACCUUAGAGAUUCCAUAGCAUGAGAUUGUACCAUUUGCAUGGCUCCAGAGGCAUCCCAACAAUUCCUGAUGGUUUCCAGAGCCUAGAGCUUGGAGAGUUGCCGAUUAAAACACAUUUCUUCAUCAUGUUGUCGUAAAUCUGCUAUAGGGCCUUUAUCUGCCUGCUUGUUUACAGCCCAGUUUUCAUUGUAUAUUAUAAUAGGGAAGGAAGAGGGGGAUUUAUGAGUUCUUGCACAUUCGCCCCCCCAGGUCUUAUUCCUGUUUUAUUGUAUAAUUUUUCAUGUGCAGACUCCAUUUAGAAGAAAUAGAGCCUGCUCAAUAGAAUACAUCUCCACAGCUAGCAGGUUGGUAAGGAAAAGAGCAAGAUUGAGAGGAUGCGACCAGCCCCUAUUUGUGCCUCAAAUCCAGUUAAAUUGGCUUUAAGCUAAAUAUCCAUUAUUGGAUUAUUAUGAGCUUUGUCAUUCACUUGACUCAUUUAGCUCCCUUAUUCUGCUGCAAUGAAUGUUUAUGAGGAAACAAAACUGCAUCAGAAUUGCUUUAGAGAAACUUAGAGCCUAAGUGGUCACAAAACUAGCCAUGGCAAUUUAUCAUGGAAAUGAUAUACCUGUUUUUCUUUGUUCCUCGUGCACAUUUAACUCCCACCCUUCCAGGAGGGAGUUCAAGAUGAGGUACAAAGAGUUUGCCCCCAUUGUAUCCUCUCAAGUGUUCUGUGGAAGGCACUGAAAGAGUGCGAUUAGUCCAAGGUUUCAGUCCAAUGAGUUUCAUAGCAAGUAGAAAUUUGUUCCCAAAUCUGCACUGUCAAAGUCCCUGGCUUAUCCAAAGUUUCUGCUGUCAUUUUUGUGACUACUAAUAUUAACAAAUUGAAUUUUGUAUUUUGACAUCACCUUGGAUGUGUUCUCUAGGUUGCUUUGGAAGAUUUUUUGCAAAAAAAGUAACACACUUGUCAAUAAAAAGUAGCUGUUUUUA